GCAGCUCAGAGCAAGACACACACAUUCCACCGCACCGUGGAGCUGCGCCGCGCACAGACUGCUCGCUGAAGCUCAAUGCGCGUUAGACUCCAGCAGGCUGGAUAGGGUGAUUGUGAGCGCAUCGCCGACCCCCUUACUCUCAAUACACAGGAUUUACAAGCUCCCAAUGCUGGACUUCUGAAAAGGACCAUUUCGGACUUUAUUACAGGAGCACAUUUUUCACUAAAGCUCAGGGAAGCUACAGCAGGUAGCAGGUUAAACACACUUCUGGAUGAAAGCAAGGUGAAACAUUCGAACUGUUUUCAACAAUUUCAACCUCAGGCUAAAAAUAAGCCCCUUUGAACCCUAAAGCUGCUUCAUCAGCGAUUCUGAGAGACAGGCGUUGUGGAAAAUGAGAGGAGUCCCGAUUCUCCUGUUGAUGGUCCUGUGCACUCUGCUGCUACAAUCACACAUCUGCUCCGGAAUCAAAUGGCUAGCUCUGGCUAGAACACCAGCAACCCUCUUCUUGAACCAGAGCCAGCACUGCAAGCUGCUGGGGGGCCUGGUAUCCUCCCAAGUGCAGCUGUGCCGCAGCAACCUGGAGCUGAUGCACACCAUCAUCCAGGCAGCCAAGGAGGUGAAGAAGACCUGCCAGAAGAGCUUCUCAGACAUGCGCUGGAACUGCUCCUCCAUCGAGCUGGUUCCCAGCUUCACCCCAGACCUCGAGAGAGGCACAAGGGAAUCUGCGUUUGUGUACGCCUUGUCUGCCGCAGCUAUCAGCCACACCAUCGCGAGGGCCUGCACCUCCGGUGACCUCCGGGGCUGUUCCUGUGGGCCCAUCCCAGGAGAGAUCCCCCAGCCAGGCUACCGCUGGGGGGGCUGUGCCGACAACCUCCACUACGGCCUGGUCAUGGGCUCCAAAUUCUCAGACGCUGCCAUGAAGAUGAAGAAGUCUGGGUCGCAGGCGAACAAACUCAUGCACCUACACAACAGCGAAGUAGGCAGGCAGGCGCUGAACGAUGCUCUGGUGAUGAAAUGUAAGUGCCACGGCGUCUCCGGCUCCUGUUCUAUAAGGACCUGCUGGAGGGGCCUCCAGGACCUCAAGGACAUCGCCAUGGAUCUGAAGACCAAGUACCUGUCUGCCACCAAGGUGGUGCACCGGCCCAUGGGCACCCGCAAGCAACUGGUGCCCAAAGACAUCGACAUCCGGCCUGUCCAGGAGAACGAGCUGGUCUACCUGCAGAGCUCGCCAGACUUCUGCAGCAGGAACGAGAAGCUCGGCUCAUUAGGAACUCAAGACAGGCAGUGUAACAAGACCUCCAAUGGCAGUGACAGCUGUGACCUGAUGUGCUGUGGCCGUGGCUACAACCCCUACUCGGAGAAGCUGGUGGAGAGGUGCCACUGCAAAUACCACUGGUGCUGCUAUGUGACGUGCAAGAAAUGCGAGAGGACUGUGGAAAGAUACGUUUGCAAAUGAGUGGCUUUCCAACCCAGAGAGAGAGAGAGAGAGAGAGAGAGACAGCAACGUAACCAGAGCACUAUGUACCACCAAGCAUGGUUUUGUCUUAAGCUUCAGAGUGUAUAUUUUGUUAAGAACUUUUAUUUUUUUAACAGAACUUUCCACAGGACCUUGUUCCAUUUACAAACUCGUCAAGGAUUUUUUUUUUCAAGAUGCUUAUCUCUACACCUGGAUGGUGGAACAACAACAACAACAACAACAAAGGAGUUUUCAGCUGGGAAACAUAUUUGGAAAUUGGAAAUGUAUUGAAAUGAAAUUGGAAAUGCAGUGAAAAACGACCCCCAUCCCAAGUCUACGAGACAUAGUUAUUUUCGAAGCCUUGGAAUUGUAUUUUUGUUUUUUAUUUUACAAAUGGUGAUAUCCAUUUUGGAUUCUUUGUUGGUACCAUUUCCAGCUAUCUUCUGAAGAAAUAAUAAUAAUAAAAUAAACAUUCAUAAAGUGAUCCAUUCUUUACCACUUGGAUGGGAUGGGGGAUCCCAAAUACUCGCAGUGUGUAAGUACCCAGUUGGAAUUAUGGGACUCUGAAUGACUGUUUCUGCUUAUAAACCUGUGGAUGCCCAACCAGCCCCUGAAGAAUGACUGGGGUUCCAUUUACAAGUAUCCCAAGUGGAGGGGUGUUUCCACUGAUAAACUUCCUGUAACGCGAGGAACGUGGAGCCCAAAGCCGCCCGCUCCGGAGGCUGUGGACUGUAUACAGGGGGUUCCCAUGGCAACCAGCCCCGACCACCAUUGUGUGGCUGUACAUAUUAUCUUUUGUAUGCUGAAUUUAAAGAAAUAUUUAUAAACUAAUUAAAGAUUCUUUACCAAA